AUGAAAUUCCAAUCAAUUAUUUUGUCUCUGACUGUCGCCUUGGCUUCCGUAAUUAAUGCUCAAGCUUGCACGAUUUUCAUUAAUGGUACUCAAUAUAAAAGUCAAACUGGCAACGUAGGAGGUGGAUGUUUUGGUUUGGGCGGCGAUAACAAUGUAACUUCAGCUACGGUCAGUGAUCCCGGUACCAAUUACACCUUCUACUCUGAUUACAACUGCAAAGGAACAGCAAUUGGUAAUGGCACCAAUACCACUACCUUCAAUCCGCCUUUAAACAAACCCAAAUCAGUUAAAUUAACGUGUCCACCAGGAAAAUAA